UCACGACACAGUCGUCAGCUUUCUGGGCCAAUCUGCCAGUGAUCCCGCCUUACCCCAUGUGUGCGCCCGGAUACUGUGAGGUCCUGUGUUGCCCAGCACCCCAUGAGAUUGAGCCAAUCAUCAUUGACAAAAAACAUGAUGGAGAGGACCCACCAUGUAAGCACACAUCAUCAUCAUCAUUAUCAA